AAGUCCGGGUCUUCUCUCACACUUAGAGAGACAGAGAGACAGAGCAGAAGAAGAGCUGGUUCUGAUCUUAAUCUUAAGGCCGUGUUUGGAUCGCGACUUUUGUGAAGUUCUGGGCUUUUUCCCUCUGUUUGGCCCCCACCUGGGAUUGGGUCAUCUGAUUGGAGGCUAUUGGUCACGGAUAUCUGAAGGCUUCAGUGGGUGAAGCAAUGUUUCAUUAACUUAAUUUCUGGCUGUACCCAGUGGAGUAUAACUUAAGCUCUUGUAUUGAAGACAUAGUAAACAUCUGGUGAUAUUUGCAUGCCAGAGUAAAUGUCGUUUCGCAGUAUAGUUCGAGAUGUAAGAGAUGGGUUUGGAAGUUUAUCGAGAAGAAGUUUUGAGGUGAGACUGCCUGGCCAUCACAGGGGAAAAUCGCACGGUUCAGUCCAUGAGCUGCAUGACCAACCUCUUGUAAUCCAGAAUAGCCGCUGGGCUAGCCUCCCACCUGAACUACUUCGUGAUGUAAUAAAAAGGUUGGAGGCUAGUGAGAGUACAUGGCCUGCUCGCAAGCAUGUUGUUUCUUGUGCUUCCGUAUGCAGGUCAUGGAGGGAAAUGUGCAAAGAAAUUGUCAAAAGUCCUGAAUUUUCUGGGAAGAUUACUUUCCCAGUUUCCCUGAAGCAGCCUGGGUCUCGGGAUGGAACAAUCCAGUGCUUCAUCAAGAGGGACAAAUCGAAUUUAACUUACCACCUUUACCUGUGCCUUAGCCCUGCUUUGCUUGUUGAAAAUGGAAAAUUUCUUCUGUCUGCCAAGCGAACACGAAGAACUACAUGCACAGAGUAUGUGAUCUCCAUGGAUGCAGAUAACAUAUCACGAUCAAGUAACAAAUACAUUGGGAAACUGAGAUCCAAUUUUCUAGGCACCAAGUUCAUUAUUUAUGAUACCCAGCCUCCAUACAACAAUGCUCAGCUUUCCCCACCUGGCCGAAGCCGUCGAUUUAACUCAAAAAAGGUUUCUCCUAAGGUUCCUACUGGCAGCUACAACAUAGCGCAAGUGACAUAUGAGUUAAAUGUGCUCGGCACUAGGGGUCCACGCAGGAUGCACUGUAGCAUGCACUCAAUCCCUGCCUCAUCCCUUGAGCCUGGUGGCUCUGUCCCUGGCCAGCCCGAGCUUCUCCAGCGCUCUCUUGAGGACUCAUUCCGGAGCAUUUCAUUCUCAAAAUCAAUUGAUACUUCAACUGAGUUUAGCAGUGCUCGAUUCUCUGAUAUUGUUGGGGGGUCCUCCCGUUUUGAAGAGGAGGGAAAAGAGAGGCCAUUGGUUCUUCGGAACAAGGCACCGAGAUGGCAUGAACAGUUGCAGUGUUGGUGCCUAAACUUCCGGGGACGGGUGACUGUGGCCUCAGUAAAAAACUUUCAAUUGAUAGCUGCUACGACUCAAUCUGCAGCUGGUGCACCAACACCUUCACAGCCCCCGCAGCCAGCUCCAUCAGACCACGACAAGAUCAUACUUCAGUUUGGUAAAGUUGGCAAGGAUAUGUUUACUAUGGAUUACCGGUAUCCUUUGUCUGCAUUUCAGGCCUUUGCUAUCUGCCUGAGUAGCUUUGACACCAAAUUAGCAUGUGAAUAGAAGAGAUUAUGGCAAUAACUAGAGAUUGUAGUAAUUGUUCUCUUUGUAAUCCUUUCUAGGACCUUUCAUAUAGGUUGUGUGUUGUAUCAAAAGUCACUGCAGAACAACAUCAGUGCACACUAGUGAGAGGGGGCCCGUCUCUCCCUGUUGUUUUUUUUCUUCUUAUUUUAUUUUGUUAUUUCCUCUCCUGU